GUACUUCCUAGAAAGUUGGAUGAAUGAAGGAGAGCGACCUCAAUGAUUGAGCGACCUGGCAAGAACUGGCUUCGAGGACGAAAAGAUGGAUAGUUUGUCGCCUUUGGCGCAAGCUUUGAUCGACAGCAUAGAUGAUAAUGAACCCAUUGGGGGCUUUGCAUAUGACUUUGUUGGUGAUGUGCAUGAAGAAUAUAAAUGCUGCAUUUGCUUAGAGGUUAUGAAAGAACCCUAUCAACUUGUGCCGUGUGGCCAUUGUUGCUGUAGGUCCUGUCUUGGACAACUGCUCAGGACUUUUGGUGUUAAAUCAUCCUGUCCAAUUGACAGACAAGCUAUAAGCAUGAUGUUUCCUGAUAACAACACUAAAAGAAAAAUUCAAAAUUUGAAAAUAUUUUGCGAGAGAAAGAAUUGGGGAUGCCAGUGGAAAGAAGAGCUGUCACAAUAUCAGCCACACAGCUCAGAUUGUCUUUACGUCGAUGUUUUGUGCUCAAAUGAGGGUUGUGGUGAAAUCCUCCCGAAAGCUUUGUUGGAAGUCCAUGAAAGCUCUUGCAGAUGGCGCAUGGUACAGUGUGAGGAUUGUAAUGCCAAAAUGCACUCAUUCGAACUCGUGGAGCAUGAUGCGGGAGUUUGUCCAUUCACUGAGGUGGAGUGUCCUGAAGGCUGUGGUGCAACAUUGGUGAGAGCUUUGGUAAGCAAACACAUGGCAGAUUUUUGCAAAAAUACGAUCAUAGAGUGUCCUUGGGCUUGCUUUGGAUGCGAAUGCAAGGAAUCGAGAGGUGAUAUUCAAGAACAUCUAAAAAAACAAAAUCACGACAAUUUGUUACUCUAUGAGAUGAAAAGUUUAAAAGAAGCCGUAGUGAAAAUCAGGGAGAAGCUCAAUAACAUUGAAUCUGGCUGUCAGAAUCGACCAAUUGAAGCAAACAAAAAUCUUUACUUCACAUGGCAUUUGACUCCUGUGAGUGGAAUUAUUCAACAUGGUGAAUUGAGAAGCCCCCCAUUUGCAACUGGUCCGCAUGGUUACUGUUUCUGUUUGGCCUUGCUGAAAAGGGCUGAAGACUCCAUUAUCUCCAUCAGAAUGAUACCUGGUUUGUAUGACCAAUUCUUGCCAUGGCCUCUAAAGCAGAAUUUCUCAAUCGUACUGUUGGAUCAGACAUCAAAUGACAAUCCAGCGCAUGUCAAGAAGAUCGUUGACUUCUCAGACUUUGGAUCAGAUAGUGAGAUACCUGGGUGCUACCAGCGACCCGAUGGUAAUCAGGAGGGUCAACUCUAUCCACUUAUGAACAUAACGAAUGACACUUUGGAAAGCGAACGAUAUUCUGCAAAUGACGGUUUGUUUAUAGUGGUGAAGAUAAAGCCAUAUAACUUUGAAGAAAAUCUUAAACUUUAAAUGUUUAGAAUUGAACAUUUUUGGAAGUUUCAAUGCAUCUUACUGCUGCGCAACAGUUGUAAAGGAACCAUUGAAUAUAGCAUGUGAUUUUUUAAUCGUGGUAUUGCAGUCUUAGUUUAAUUCAGGUAUAUCAGAUCCUGUAGCAGAUCCACUGUUACCUGAGGUGGGGGAUAGAUGGAUUGCCAUUUAGCAUGUUUAAGCGGACAUAGAAGAGAAUAUAAACGGGACAAAGACUAUCUAUAGAUGAUAUAAUCCUCAAAUUGCCCGCUCUUAAUUUAAGCCUCUCCCUCAUAUGGAUUAGCUUCACCCUGGAAAUAAAAUUUUUAGACCCCACCCUCAAAUAAGCCUCCGUCCUAACACACAAAUUUUUAAAAUGCAUGAUUUUAAUCCAUGUUAAAUCACAUAUUCAACUGAAAACGAUAAACGUAAAUAAAUGAAGCAUGUGCAUGAUGUUUUUCUUGGGAACUUUGAAAAUGAGCUUUCUGUCUGGUGGCUCCCAUUCUUGAAUCAUCCUAGAAUCAGCCCCUUAGAGGAGGCUGGAAGGUAUAUCGAGGAUUCGAAAUUUUCUUGGUCAGGUAUUCCAAAUCAGAAUCAAUUUUUCAAGACAGGCAUUUCUAAGAUUUUUAUUUAGAAUGUUCAUUCUUUGAAAUGUAAUUUCCAGAGUAUUUGUGAUAUUUUUCCUUUCUUAUAAAUCUGGAGAAGCUAUGUAUAGUGUUUUAUUCGCUCAAGAGAAUACUAUAAUGAUUUCCUAUUAUGCCACCUUACUGGCAUAUUUCGCCUGAAGGGUUAUGUUUAUUAAUUUGAACAAAAUUUUGACAUAUUUCUGUCCAUUUUUGCAAAAAAUAGAGCAGUGUUCACAAACGCUUAGCAUGAUGGGUAACAUUUCGGCUUUUUCGUAACUAAGAAUUAAACUAAAGCUGAGAAAUGUCUUAUAAUCUAAUGAAAGUAAGGACUGCAGCCCCCUCCCCCCCUCACAAUCAGGCAAAAGAUAUCGAGUUUCAGGCCCAUUCUCAGAGCAAUAAAAUCUCAAUGAGACAGCAAUGUUCAGGCAAGAGCCGUGCUGAGCCCCCCUAAACGUUAAGCUUCAUUAUGCCAAAAACAACAAUCAUACCACUUGCGUGCCAUCACCUUUGUCGAAGAAGACUUUAAAUGUCGAAGGCUUAUUGACAAUAUUUGACAAUGGCGUUAUCUCCGGGACACUCAUUUAGUUGUUGAUUUUUGACGAUUCUUCUAUUUAGCUUAAAGGAAACUUUCUAUUGAUUUUCGCUCUUACUUGAUUUUAGCUGAUUGGUGUCGUUAUUGAUUAAUAAUGUCCUUAUAUGCCUAUAUGUAUCAAUAUGCUGUAGAAGUUUUUAUAGUUAGGCUUUUGGUAGAAGCAUGUGGCAGUUUGGUUAGAGUCGACACGA